AUGUACCAGCUGAACGCUGUGCCCGGGCGCACCUUCGCCGCACUGCGGCUUGACCGGCAGGAUGUCUUCGUUCACAACGAGGGGGAUGGUGCGUCGAGCAGUGAGCCUGAUUCCAGUGUAAGCUGCUUGAGUGGACGUGCAUCAUUCAGCAACCUUGUGCUGGUGACUGUGUUUGGUGCCUUCACCCCGCAGCAGCGUUUGCUUGUGCUGAAGCCGUACUGCGAGCGCUGGAGUGUUCGUCUGCCGCCGAGGACCUCGUCUGUGUCUGAUGACGAAUACUGUCGUCUGCUGCUAUUGCGUCUCUCGCUGAAACUCGAGAAGGUCAUGCAGCGUAUGGGGUGCGCACAUGAGGCUCAUUCGCUUGUGUCUGCAACUAGCACAGUGAAUUUGCCUUCCUUUUUGCAGCGGCUAUCCUCCUGUGGGGAGGAUCAGGGAGGUGGCUUCAUUGGCCGUGGCUUCGGGGCGUACCCGGAAUUGGGUUCCGUUGAGGUGUUUGGUGAUGAUUUAGAUGAUGUUAUCUCUGUCACGAAUAGCUAG